GACCGCUGUCAGAGCUUCUGUGAGCGUGUAGGGUGAGGGUGUGUGGUCAAGCGAACCUGAGUCGAGAAGUGCGCUUGCACAAGUUUGAGAAGCUGCUUUAUUCACGCGAGAAGUACGCGUUUGAAAAUAAUCAGCAGAAGGAUACUCUCCUUCUUCCUUGGCCGUGGAUUACGGUAGUUAAGGACUUCAACGGGAGCUUUAUGGUGGAUGGGACCUCACCUGUUUGAUUUUGAGUUGGACGGCAUCAGUGGAUAUUAGAAGUGGACUGUGAGGAGAGGAAGAGAUCAUGGACGCUCUGUGAGAGACAGGUACAGUGAGGACAGUUCGGGCUGCUAUUUAUCAUGUCCGUUCAGGAGUGCCCAGAGAGUUUGAUGCUUGAGGAUGAGGAGGGUGAGGAAGGCAGAGGGGUGGAGAGAGAGUCGGACAGAGACAGUGCAGUAGACAGCACUCUGUCGUCAGAGAUAUCGGAUGGAGGGAGAACUGGAGAAAAAGAAGAAAGGAUUGGGCUUUGCCUCCCAGAUGAAAAGUGUGGUCAGAUGUAUAACCGCUCUGAGACUUCUGAUCACUCUACACGUUCAUCUGCCUCAUUAAAUGAGGAGCAGUUUGAGGACUAUGGAGAAGGAGAGGAUGGAGACUACAAUCCAGGCAGCCCCUGUCCAGACGAUGAGAUCCGCAUCAAUGGGUGUUCAGAUCUGGGCUCUUCUGUGUCCUCUAGCGCUGGUCAGACUCCUCGGAAGAUGCGCCAUGCUGGUGACCAGAUGGAUGUUUUUUGCUCUCAGUGUUGUAAGAGGGUCAGUCUGCUCAAUGAUCUGGAGAACAGGCUGAAAAACCUCAAAACCAACAGCCCGAACAGAAAGAUCUCCAGCACUGCAUUUGGAAGGCAGCUGCUCCACAACAGUAACCUCAGCAGUAGCAACGGCAGCACAGAGGAUUUGUUCCAUGACAGCAUUGACUCCUGUGAAGCAGACAUCACUGAGAAGGUGAGUUACUUGGACAAGAAAGUGACAGAGCUGGAAAAUGAGAUUCUUAUGAACGGGGAUGUGAAGUCGAAGCUGAAACAGGAAAACAUACAGCUGGUUCACAGGAUUCACGAGCUGGAGGAGCAGCUGAAAGACCAGGAGACUAGAGCAGAGAACAUGAUGGAAGAGGAGCUCAGGAGACACAGAGAGGCCUACAGCCGACUGGAGAAAGACAAAGACACACAGAUAGAGCUGCUCACAAAUAGAGUACACCAGCUAGAGGAGGAAAAUGGAGAGAUGGCAAUAAGCAUGAACAGACUGAAAGCCCAGACAGAUAAACUGGAUGAGGAGAGGCAGAGGAUGACAGAUAAGCUGGAGGAUACAAGUUUGCGGUUGAAGGAUGAGAUGGAUCUGUACAAGAAGAUGAUGGACAAGCUACGACAGAACAGAAAUGAGUUUCAGAGGGAAAGAGAUACUAUGCAGGAGCUAAUCGAGGACCUUCGGCGAGAAUUGGAGCACCUCCAAAUAUACAAGCUGGAGGCAGAGAGAAUGGGGCGUGGCCGCAGAUCUUCCAUUAGCCUAUCAGAAUACAGCACUCGAACACGUGAGAGUGAGUUGGAACAGGAGGUCAAGAGACUAAAACAGAGGAACGUUACCAGGGACAUGCCCUUUGACCUCCAGCAGCUUGUGUCUGCUCGGGCACAACUCUGUCAGAGUCUGAUGGAGAACCAGAAACUGAGGGAACAGAAUGAAGAUCUAAAUGGUCAACUUCUCAGUCUGAGCCUCCAUGAGGCCAAAAACCUGUUUGCCACCCAGACAAAAGCACAGUCUCUGGCCAUGGAGAUUGAUCAUGCGUCCCGUGACCAGUUGAUGGAAGCCCUCAAGGAACAAGAGGAGAUAAACUUCCGACUCAGGCAAUACAUGGACAAGAUCAUUUUAUCUAUUCUGGACCACAAUCCGUCUAUUCUGGAAAUCAAAAACUAAAAGCCUGUCAUAAGCUGUUUGGAAAGCCGACCGUGGAUCUGGAGCUCCCCCUGAGGAAGCGCUGAACCUCAAAUGACUUGUGCCUCUGAAUGCACAAUAAGAACAAUGUGCUGGUGUUUUGUGCACCUUUCUCAUGCUACAAUAUACUGGUGAAAUAUUUCAUGCACUUUUAUAGGGCAUUUUUUUGCUGCUCUGUACAACACAAGGGAGUUUUUCACUGGAAUGUCAUUAUGGUUACUGAAUUGCACCAACUAAUAUGUGAAUGUAUGACACUGGAUGUUCACAGAGUGUAUGUGCAUUAUAUGGACUGUGAAUGUUUGCUGAGUUUGCACUAGGGAUGUGAUGAGAGGCUGAACGAUGGGAAAAAAAUUACUUAUUUGAUGGCCAUCCAAGCCUGUCCCAUUCAGAGUUGCUGAGUAUCGGAGAAAAGAGAUUUUUGUGGGUGUAAUUGUAAUGAUUUUGGUCGGAGAGUUUUUCGACUGUCUUCCUAUUAUAAAUGGCAUGUGAGGGAACGAUGUAAGGAGAGACUAAUUCGGAGAAUAGAGAGGUAAUUGAAACUCGAACUGGAACUUGAUAACACUGCCUGUUGUAAAAGAAAUCCAUUUUAGAGCAGGGCGAUGCUCUAGUCUGUGAUAGCGAUGCGACUGUUGCUCAUUCUGACAGUACGUGCAGUAUGUGUGCUUCAAAAGUGAAAAUUCAAGAGGCCGAAUGUAAAAUGUCGUUGUGAAUGUAACAAACAAGUAGUAUUUCAGGUUAUUUAUGGGCUUUAGCGUAAUAGUUUAAGACUUGUCUGUUCAUCAGCUUUAUCAGCAAUUCUGUUCUUAAUAGCCUUAAAAGGACUUGCACUUGUUCUUCCAAACUAAAAUAUUAAUUUAAAAUGGCACGAUUCUUGAAUUUUCUACAAUGUGAUUUAAAUACAAAUAAACAUCAUAUAAUACAGGUCUAAAACGCAAAGACAACAUCUGUAUUCCGGUCACAGGAAGGUUUCAUAUUUCGAAUGUCAGAUUUUUAAAAUAGUAAUUUUUUUUAAAGAGUAUUCCUAAAAGUGUCCAUCCACAGUUCCACAUUUCUCUUUUUCAUUCAGUAGAUUAAUAAAAAGUGAUUGAUUGACUCCGUGCUAAAAUAGGCCUACAUUAAGUAUGUGAUUCUGUAGUAUUUCCUUGUAGUAUUUGUGUUUUUCACUCAUUAGUUAAAAUCUCAAGUAAAACCUUUUUUUAGUCACAAAUUAAAUAAUCGCUGAGCUACAUUACACUUUAUAUUUGUGUGGGAUUUUUAAAGACUUGUACCACUCAGUUUUUAAUUUGUUUCUCAGUUUUUCAGUUUAUUUUGUGAAUACUUAAUUGUAGUCUGAUUCUUUCUUGCUCUCUAUAUGUAUGAAGGAGGCUCUGGAGAAGGUGACAGUAUUAGUUUUGCUUGUUCAUGAGAGCGACUAACUCCGUGGCUCAUGAUGUCCCGACACGCUUCAGAAAAGGCUAUCUUUACGCUUGCAUAAAAUGUACAUUGAAUUUAAUUUUCUGCAUAAGAUCAAUCUGAAAUGCCUUAGCAAUACUUAAGACUGUGGGCUUUUUUUUCUGUUUCAGAUCUAAAUUAGAUCAACAUGCAUAAAGGCAUUCACUUUUGCAUGACAGGUGUUAAAGAAUUUUCAGAACUUUGAAUAUCUAACAAACUGAUCUUUUAAAAUAAAACCAUAUAAAAUUCAA